ACGUAUCCACGAAACUGUCGAGAUACACUGCAGUCCCCGCCAUCGAGCGCUGGAGGCGUACAUUACAUGUAUCUGCACGAUCUGCGCCCGUGGUGACAUCACCCUACGCUGUGGAUGGAGCUUGUCCCAGUUUCCUGGCAGCAUGGCGCGCACGAAGAGCCACGAGGUGGGUUUCUCUUAUAAUGUCUCCGCAUGUGUCAGUCCGUCUUCCCUGUAUAGGGUCUGCUGCUCCAGUUACAGGUAUCGUUGUAUAUGAGAAGGGAAGUCCGACGGAAUGGUCAACAAGCUACAGAAACGCAACCCAUCGACCGAACGAGUGCCCACAGACGGGAGCGACACCGACACCAUGCAGGCCAAGAGAGAGAGGAGCCGCCUCAGUGGGAUAUUUGGCAGGAAAAAGGACAAGACUUCUUCAAGUCCACAGUCUACGAAUGCUUCGUCGGAUCUGUUAGCGCCAAGUAGCACGACUGCCACGAACCCGUCUGCAGACCUGACGGCACCGAAUACCAACACGAGUGCCAACUACGAAACUGGCAAUAGCUCCAGUACGGUACCGACCGCUGUGUCGCCCAUGAGCGGGCCUGUACACGAUUCCGCAUAUGCCAGUAGCGAUGCUCCAUCCAACUCGCGAUCAGAGAAGUCGAACAACAUCGUACCCCUCCACAAUGAGGGGCAAAUCGAGGGCGUGAACAAAGAUCGAAACUUGGCUGUGAAUAAGACCACUGGAGCUGUGCUGGAUGAGGAUACGGGAGAAGUAGUCUCCACUGUGACGACCACAACUACCACGACGACUACCACCACACUCGUGCGCGGAAAGGAUGGAAAGAAAGAGAUCAAGACAGAAGUCAACACCCUGCCUGCCGGAUCCUCUACCACUGCUGCGGCCGCACCACCGUCAGAACGAAGUGGGAGUAGACCACGAGAAGCCAGUGUGGUAUCAGAGAUGCCAGCGAAUCCAGCACCCACACGAUCAAGCACAGAUGUGCCGCCUGCACUUCCAUCCUCGACGACUGCCACUCGGGCGAACACCCCUCCCGCACCGACUCCUCUACAGAUCUCAAAACAGAGCCUGCCCCCCAUUGCUCCAAAUCUGCCAACCAGGAGCCCGAAGCGGUUGUCACGAGAGUUCGAUCGUCCACCUCUCGAGACUGUGGAGCCCUUGCCAUCGAGUCCUGUCACUGGCGCUACCUCUGGAGUGACCCCCUCUCACCCAAGCAGACCGCUCGCUCCCUCUCCUGCGCCAGCUGCGCCAGCGAGUGCACCUCCUGCCCCUCCGUUCUUGCAAGAUGCGCAAAGGCAUAGUCCUAGCAGCGGAUGGAAGGCAUGGGCACAAGGUCAGCAGCAGAGUGGCACCCAAGGAGAAGCUCAACAAGGCACACCAGCGCCCUUUCCACCUCCUCCACGCUCUCCAUCCGCCGCCCCAUCGUAUCCACACGGGCCAGAAGACUACCCCAACUACACCACUUCCUCAUCAGCGGGGCCAGCCAAUGCAUCACAUCUCGCACCCAAUGCAGCAAUGCUUCAUCCUGCCGGAAACCCACAUGAUAGUUAUGGCUACACUCCGGGCCCACCUUCGUCCUAUGGCGGCCUCUCCACCAUCGAAAGCAUGUCCGAAGAAUCCUCCAUCGCGCCCAGCGCGAGUGCCAGCCAAGCACCAUCUGCAGCUCCUUCCGCUGCCGCCACCACUUCCACACUGGGUAGUUUGCGAGCAGCGGCAAAAGGAAUUCACGGCGUCGGCGAAACUCUCCGAGGAACACUCAACAACGAAAUCGACACGCGAUUCCCUCGCAAAAACGCCGAAAAGGCGGCGAUUGCAAAUGCCAAGAAUCAAGCUGCUCUCGAGCGUGGAAAAGGUGAAAUGGCGGGUUUGCAACCUUGGGAGAAUGUUUCGAGAUUUGGUGGUGGUGGUGGUGGUGCAGAUGGUUCUGGUGCUUCUGCUUCUUCUUCUUCUCUGGGAAGAUGGGGUUGGAGAACAAGAGAACAUAGUAUUCCGAGAAAACCUGUACCGUGAAACAUGAAAAGUACCUACGACGGUGGUGGUGGAUGGGAGAUAGGUAUGGAAAGAUGUUUUGGGUUUUGUUUCCUCUGUGAUGAUGAUGAUGAUGAUGAUGAUGAUGAUGAUGGGACAUGAUGAAGGGACAUGAUCAAACGAUAAUAACUAUCUACUCUACAUGAUCUGUAUGUAUGUACAUGUACAUGAAAAGAGAAACGAAUUGGAGUAUCAGGAAAGGUCCAUCAUGGGAUGAAGAUACAAGUGAAGAUAUUCAACCUCAAAUUCA